UCAAUGAACGAUGUUAUCAGCCUUGUAAUUUAUACUGAAGCUAUGUAUCAUCACAAAAAUUAUCCGUCAACAUAUCCAACGCUUUUUCUCUGCCUGGCUGGACCCGAUGGCGUAUUUUGCACCCUCUGUUGACACCACUUACAGGAACGAGCAUUUAUACGGCAAAUGGAAGCCCCCGUAUGGAAGGGAAGGGAAGGGAAGGGAAUGGCGCCGCCAGGACUUAUGUCUGCGUACAUUCUGUUGACCGAAGGUUCUUGAUGCGCCUCGAUCGCUUCAACGUCUUCCGAUCCACUUCUUUGCGCACGAGACGAUGCUCUUGCAUGGAUCGCGCGAUUCUUUGCAAAAGUGCUGGACCCGAAGAAUCUUCACCGCCACCGAUCGAAUCGAUCGAGCCCGCGAGGAACAGAGCUGAGUCAGUGUAACGGACUCGGCUCGGCUCGGCUGCUCGAGUGUUUCAGAUCCAUCCGAACAGACCCCAGCAUUCGCAUUUUUGCAUCGGGCAAAAAUCUUCAGCCGUCAUCGAAUCGCAUCGAGUACUCCGUCGGGCCGAGCAAUUCUCUCGACAUCCCGUCCUGCGAUACAUUCAGCUCGGAGAGGAAUCUCACACUGUCCCUGAACGAUGUGCCGACCGUGUCGUCGAUCGCAACUCUGAGCAUCACUCUCACUCGCAGGCUCGAGAUUCUCGCCGUCUGAAGAGAAACCGAGAGCUUGAAUUCGCAGGCAGACGCUCAUGUAAGAAGUCACGUGCAGAAACCAGUUUCUGUCCGACGAUGGAAGGACGAAAAUGGGCAAUGAGCCAGACACAGAUGCCGAGGACGAGGAGCCGAUGGCGGGAGGAGGCGGCGGCGGCGCUGCUGCUGGCGCUGUGCUGCGGGCUGUGGCAGGCCGGCGGAGCUCGCGCAGCAGGCUCGCCGGCGGGCCUGUUCCCGGGCAUGUUCAUCUUCGGCGACUCGCUGGUCGACAAUGGCAACAACAAUUUCCUGGCCACUCUGGCUCGCGCCGAUUUCCCCCCGAACGGCAUCGACUUCGGCCCCGGCUGGCCCACCGGCCGCUUCUGCAAUGGCCGCACCAUCGCCGACUACAUCGGCCUGAUGGUGGGCAUCGAUCCCGUGCCAGCCUACCUAGUUUUGCUGCAGACAGAGGAGGGACUGGAAGGAUUUACGAAUGGAGUGAAUUUUGCCUCCGGUGCUGCUGGAAUUCUUGAUGACUCGGGCUAUAACUAUUUGGGGCGGAUUCCCAUGUCACAACAGUUGGGGUAUUUCGCGAACCUGAAGGAGGACCUCAUUGCCCGUAGAGGAGAAGAGGCGACCACCAAGUUUUUAGCAAGGGCCCUUUACUUCGUAGUACUGGGAAGCAACGACUAUCUGAACAACUACCUGCAGCCCAACUCCGCAGCCCGGAAGGUCUACAGCCCCAAAGCUUAUCAGGACCUGCUCGUGACAACAUUCUCGCAGCAGCUCAAGGCGAUGUAUACCAUCGGGGCCAGGAAGAUUCUGCUGCCGGGAGUGGGACCAUUGGGCUGCAUCCCCAACGAGCUCAACGUUUUCAAGAGUGCUAAUGGAAGUUGCAUUGAGGACCCCGUGAACAAGCUGGUUCGAGGUUACAACUCGGCAAUCAAGCACGCGGCGGAGCUCCUGGUGAAGAGGCACAAGGGCCUGCACAUUCUGUAUGCGGAUGCCUACAAGCAGCUCAUUGCUUUCACAGAGAACAGCACCAAAUACGGCUUUGUGAAUGCAGACACUUCAUGUUGCGGACAAGGAAACUAUGGAGCAGAGGUGCCCUGCAUACCAACAACGCCAUACUGCAAGGACAGAGACUCGUAUGUGUUUUGGGACCGCCAUCAUCCUACCGAUAGAGCGAAUUAUCUGAUAGCCAAUGCAUAUGUCUAUGGAUCAGAGGACGGUGCUAUAUCUCCUAUGACCAUUCUGCAGUUGGCUGCAGUUUAGUUAGAACUUUGUAGACUCUUCUUUCUAUGCUAAAACAAAUUGGAACCAAUUCCGAAGGCUCAUGCCCAAAAAUGUUGGCUUUGAAUACAACCUACGUUGAGGUAGACACUGUAAAGAAAUUUCAGAUUGUGCAGCCUGGGGCAUGGUUAUAUUUUUGCACGUACUUUGUAUCCAGGUGAGAGAAAAAAAUCAUGUUACCUUUUGUCGGCAGGGCAGAGUUUGACCACUCGGUAAAAGGUUGGAUUCGUGAAUUGUGAUUUUGUCUGAUGUCAAGAGAAGAUGGUUCGCCUAGUUUGUAGACAUGUCAUUCUUAGGUCAGAUGCUCUUACAAAAAUCUGAUAUCAAAGUCAGACAUGAUUUUCUGAUAUUUAUCUCCACUCAUUGGUGUCAACAAAGCAACCAUCUGUCCUCAGGUUUACAUUCUAGCCUAGACAGUAGACACUAGAAGCUCAUAUCUACACUUCAGGUUCACGAAAACGUUCACAGCACAACUGACAGCACUUUGGUUUUCCUCGUGUAACGGAAACCUUAAAUUGCAAAGACAGUUACUCUGGAACUAUUAUUGGAUAUCUUCGCCCUCCUGCGAUGAAACAAUCCUGAAUAACAUAGAGAUUUAGGCA